ACGGAGGCGCUGCUGUCGGCUUUGAAAAAGAAUCUAGGUAUUCGCAUCUAUCUCUUUUGUCCUAUUUGAUUUUGAUCGAAUCAUUUGGAAUCGAAAAUGGCUAAUUGGUAUACGAACUAAUUGGCAUGAUAGGCAGAUCCAGAUUGGGGGUGGAUUUGUCCAAUUUCGAUUCCCCCUUCUCACUUUCUUCUCUUUUGCUGGGGAAAUCAAAGAGAAUGGAAGUUUUCAGCGAGGGGGCAGGUUCCAGAGAUGGGGUUUUGGGAUUGGAAGAAGAUAGGUUUUUUGGCUUCUGGAGAUGAGUGAGGGGAUGGGUUCUCAGCGGUCGUGGAAGCGAUGGCUCCAACAGCAGGCAGGAGAAGGAUGUGUUGUCGGCGCGGCGGAAGUGAGGAAGAAGAGUAUAUUGUCAUCAACGGCAGGGGCAGAAAUUAUUUCCUGGGUUUGGGGUUUUUCUAGAUGACACUGUAUUUUCUGGGUUUUGGGAAUUUUUUUCUAUACGAUACAAGA